UUAGUUUAUCAUUUCGGACAUUUCCCCUCUCGGAAACCCUAACCUCCGUAGUCCGUACUCUCUCUCUCUCUCUCUCUCUCUCUCUCUCUCUCGUAAGGGCUUCGGGCUCAUUUAGCUCAGCCAUGGCUAUGCAAGCGGGCAUGGGAUUAUCCCGUAUCCUGAUAUUAGUCGGAGCAGGAUACACUGGCACGAUCAUGCUGAAUAACGGUAAAUUGUCGGACUUGCUUGGAGAACUUCAGUCAUUAGUAAAGGGAACGGAAAAAUCUGGGGACCACUCGGGUGGUGAUGCUGAAUAUUCUGAUGCCAUUGCGACCCAGGUGCGCCGAUUGGCAAUGGAUGUUCGACAACUAGCCUCCGCACGGCAGGUUACUAUUCUGAAUGGGAAUAGUGGUCAAAUUGGUAACUUAACAUCUCUUGUAGUUCCAGCUGCUACCUUAGGGGCGUUGGGUUAUGGCUACAUGUGGUGGAAGGGCCUUAAAUUCUCAGAUCUUAUGUAUGUGACAAAGCGUAAUAUGGCCAAUGCUGUUUCAAACUUGACAAAGCAUUUGGAGCAUGUUUCAGAGGCUCUUGCUUUUCCUCCCCCCCUUCUCUCUCCCCUCUUCCCCCAAGUGAGCGAGAGUUUUUAUAUUUGUUCAGUCUCUUAUUUAGAUAUGGCAACAAAGAGGCACUUGACUCAACGCAUAGCAAACUUGGAUGAUAAAAUGGAAAAGCAGAAUGAGAUGUCAAAGUUAAUUAAGAAUGAUGUUUCUGAAGUUCAAAAGUCACUUUCUGACAUUGGCUAUGACUUGAAUGAGCUACAGAGAUUGGUGGAAGGUUUGGAUGGCAAGAUAGGUACAUUGGAAGAUAAGCAGGAUAUUGCAAAUCUAGGUGUUCUGUAUCUGUGCAACUUUGUUGAUGGAAAGAAAGGAGUAAUGCCUGAAGUUUUCAAGGAGCAACUUAAACUUACUGGAAAAUCUCGUAGUUUACUCACAUAUACAGAAACUCCAAGUAUGAAGGGUCUUAAGGAGAUUGCAGACAGUUUGUCUGGAGGUAUGGAUAGGUCAGCGUCGGAUGCAAUUGUGCAAGAUGGUGUUGAUAGGUUGGAAGAACAGCCAAGAACCCUGCUGAGGGCGUUUUCUACCAGUACCAGGUGUUGAAUACAAACUUCUAGUCGAGACGGUAACUAGCCAUCAGUGUGGUUCUUCGUCGAUGUAUUUGUGCAGCAUUUAAUUUGGUUUGAUUUUUCGACUUUGCUGUACGCACCACCGGUCGUUACUGGGAAUUUUUCUUGUAUUAAUUUCUACACGCAUAGAUAGAUCCAUUUUUUUGGUCCCUUUGAAUGUGGCAAGAAUAAGUUCUAAUAGGGGAUGUAAAGCUUGUUUCAAUACAACGAUGAACUGAAUAAAGCACCCAUCAGGUUGUCUAAUUAUCUCAGGCGAGGCCAACUCUGUGUCGACCUAUAUGCAAGAGAUUUGACCUGUAUUCUUUUGAACUUGUUAAGAAAGAUGUUUCUCCAUGGUUUGAAUUUA